UGUUCAUUUAAAGGCGCAGAAGUGGGCCGGAAGUUUGCUAGGUGAUGCGGUGUUAUAACUUGCAGAUUGUGUUCUCUAAUUUAAACGAGGACGAUGACAGAAAGUUUAAUCUUGACUCUUCUAAUUUUGACCGUAGAGUUUAGUGAUGUGAGGGCAUCUCCACUAAGCUCUGAUCCACAUAUAACUUCUCCAGUCGGUCGGUCGCAAAUGAGUGAACCUUUUCAAAUCAAGCAGCCCUCGAAUCAAAUAAAAGAGUCAUCCGGCAGACAGAUCACACGAGUCAAAACCGUAGCCGUGAUUUGUCACGAGAAUUACAUGGAGAUUGCGAUUAAGGCUGACCUCUUUGAAGUCGGCCAACCUGUGCAUGCUUCGGAGCUGCAUCUUGGCGCCGACAGUCAGUUUAUAACUUCUUGUAAAGUGAGCGCAUUCUCCACAAACGAGUACAUCAUAGCAGCUAGGCUCACCGACUGUGGCACUCAACACUGGAUUACAGAUGACUCCCUUAUAUACACCAACCUCCUUAUCUUCACUCCGCAACCCUCUCCAGAUGGAGUGGUUCGCCUUGAGCAGGCUGUAGUUCCCAUUGAAUGUUAUUAUCGAAGAAGGUUUGAUAUUACCAGUAACCCCAUCAGACCAACAUGGGUUCCUUUUAGUUCAACGCAAUCAGCAGUGGAGGAUUUGCAGUUUUCACUAAAGCUAAUGACAAGUGAUUGGCGCUCCGAACGAGCCUCUUCGGUGUACUUCCUGGGAGACUUCAUAAGCAUAGAAGCCUCAGUUCAUCUGGGUCAUCACGUUAACCUCCGUGUAUAUAUUGAGAGCUGUGUUGCCACAGUGACUCCAGAUAUUAAGUCUUUGCCCAAAUACACAUUUAUUGAAAAUCAUGGUUGUCUGAUGGACGGACGGACAACUGGCUCAAAGUCUCGUUUCCUUCCCAGAAUCCAGAAUGACAAACUCCAGCUACAACUGGAUGCAUUCAAAUUCCACCAAGAGACAAGGCCAGAGAUGUACAUCACUUGUACUCUUCAAGCUUACCCUGUAAUGGAUGUAGUUGACCCCUUUCAUAAAGCCUGCUCCUUUAUCGAAGGAAGCUGGAAGGCUGCAGAUGGUGGAGACUGGGCUUGUUACAGCUGCCAAGCAACAAAAGAUUAUGCAUCAUUCCUCCAUUCUACACCGCAACAACCUGAGCCACCUUCUCCCAGACAAGACCAGACCUCAUCUUCCCAAAGACCCAACAAAUUUAAGAUUCAAGAGGGUUCUGGAAGUUCUUUCAAAUCCUUGCCAACAAGUGAACCUGUUCUCUCUUGGAAGAACGUAAUUCUCCCACAAGAGGAGGAUUAUGGAGUUGUUUCAGUGGGAUGGGAAGAGGAGAAAACCUUGGGUCCACUAGCCAUCCUUCCUAAAAAAAUGAAAAUGGGGUUUCUGGCUCCUCCCAGAGUGAAGCAGGGUGUUCCACCGGUCCCUUAUCUCAGUAAAGAUAAGAAACCGAUGCCUCAUAGUAGCCUAUGGAAGAAUGGUGUUUCUGCUAAGAUGGAUAAAAGUGUUCUAAUUCCUCAACCCUCAUUGGAAGACACUGAGCAAGCUAAUAUCAUGGCAAUUAAACCAGAAUUAAAGAAGAUUGAGGAUGAAUAUGACCAUGAAGAUGGUGACGACACGGAAGACUAUGAUGGUAGAGGUGAAGACCAUGACUAUAAAGCGGAAAAAGAAAAGGCAAGAGAGGUUUAUCAAAGCAUGUGGAAGACUAAACUCUUGUCAGAAGAAGAUUUUAAAGAACGCUUUACAACUCUUGGCUCAAACAGUGAGGAAGACUCUGGACUGCAUACAUUAGGUACAAGCCCCUCCCUUCCAGAUAAAGAAGAGGGUUCCCUCUAAAGAAGGGUUAUGAAUGCUGAUAGAGAUGACUCAAUUUCGCUGAGAUGGAGGAAAGCACACAAGCAGGAACCAAGGCAUGAGAACUUUCACCAUUGCACUAAUUAAAUGGUUUAAAAAAAAAAA